UUUUAGUUUUAGGUUAGAUCUCAUCCUAGUCAUUUUUUGUCGUCUGCUAUUCUUUCAACAUCACAGUGUAAUUAUUUGUAACGAAUUUAUAAAUGUAUAUUAAAAAUAUUGCCUGUUGUGAAACACAGAGUGUGGAAUUUCACUCAUUAUUAAGUCCUAAUUCGGUGUGGCUGUGAACUGGUUGAGGAGGACGGCUGCUCCGUGCAUGCAGCAGCUGGUCCGGGGCAUGUCAUUUCACAUUCACGGGCCCAACACUCGUGAGAUGUCGCUAGUGAGACCGUUGGCCGGCCGCGGCCCGCGACUGCGCCUGCGCCCCAGUUGCUCGCCGACCGGCCCCGCCAGACGAGCUGUCAGCGCGGUCACCUCGCUUCCAUGGCAACCGGACCACACGCUCACGCGACGCACUGCUCACUUUGCCAGGGAGAUUUACUCGGUGUGGUGUGCUCGAGUGGGCUCAGUUUCCCGCCACCUGCCAGCUGACCAGGUCCAGAACCUCCUAAAUGAGAUGCAAUUGUACCCCACACAAGCCCAAGUGUGUGAAAUGCUCCAAUGUGCCCAAGACUGUGCAGACCGUUCCUCACCAGCCCAUCUGACAUUCGGAGAAUUCUGCCUGUUUGCCACGGAACUGAAGAGGUGCUAUCACAGAGGGGUUCCUAGAUCAAGCCACUUGGCUCGAAAACUGGAAAGAGAUGGAAAGGAGAAAAAAAAGCGCUCAAGAAAAAUGUCAAAGAGUGUGCUCGCCAAACAUGAAGUGUUUCUGGGAGGAUCAUGCAACCCUACGACCUGGAGACACGAUAUAGCCAUCCCUCUGCUCAAGGGUCUGGGCAUUACAUACUACAAUCCGCAAGUGGAGGACUGGAGUGUGGAGCUGGUGGAACAGGAGCACGAGGCCAAGCAAACGGCGAAUGUGCUGUUCUACGUAAUAGACAGUCAGACUCGCAAUGUGGUAGGCAUGAUAGAGGCUGCAGCGUUUGCGGGAGCCAGGCGACGGCUGGUGCUGGUCAUCAAGCCAUACAAGCCCUCCCAGAGCAUUGGUGGGGAAGUUAUAUCUCACCAAGAGUAUGAUGAGCUGAGUGGUUCUCUACUGGUGCUCAAGAGUCUGGUGGAGAGACAAGGCAUUCCUGUCUUCAAUAACAUCCCAGUAGCUGUCAAGUGUACUGCUAAGAUUUUGCGGGACAAUAUCAACAUGCAGGACCUUGUAUCGGCUGAUCUCAAACAACCCGUCAGCAACGGACACGUGCAGGUGGCAGAAAAACUUUUUAAACUAAGAGAAGCCUUCAACAAUCGAGACACAUCAGGGUCUGGCCAAAUCAGUUUAGCGGAUGUGUGUAUGGCCUACAGGUUGAUGACCAAUAGGAAACUGUCAGUCUCAGAGCUCAAGGGGCUUGUAUCUAAUACUUCAGAUUGCAAAGAACAUCCAGUCCAAGUAAACUUCGAGGAGUUCUGUGCCAUCAUUGCAGAGUUAAAGUCUGGAGAUGCACAUAACAACAAUAACAACAACGGAUCGUCUGAAAGUGAGAAUCAACUUUGCUCGUUUCUAAUUAACCCCUUCAUGAGGUUUAUAGAGUGGGCUUUGUGUAGUCGACCACCACGCUCGCUCUCUGUGGACAAUUCCAAUCUGCGGGACGUGUUUUUGGCUGGAGACUGCACUGACUACGCCUGGACUCACCACCUGGCGAUCCCUUCUCUCAAGAGACAUGGUCUGAGCUAUCACCUGCUGGAGGAGGUGAGCGGCAGCCCCCCAGAUCUUGCCGUCAUAGACAACAGCUUCGUCUUGUUGUUUGUCAUUACUGCCCAGUCUCGCAGUUUAUCUGUCAUGACCAUGGCUGGUCACUACAUUGGUCUUGGCUGUAACGUAGUUUUAUGUAUCCAACACAUAAUGGAAGACCUUGUUUUAAAUGGAGAAAAGAUGUCGAAGCAGGCUGUGAGCGAUUACAACCGUGGCAGAAUUUACCUCAAGGACUUGGCCCAUAGAGACAAUAUCCCAGUGUUCCACACAGUGGAUGAGGCAGUCACGUGUGCUAUCGAGAAGUGUCAGAGUCGGUAGUUUCAAGCUUGUAGGCAAUUCCCAACCAGCUCAUCAUCUUCAUAUACAAGGGUAUAGAUAUAGUGAGAGCAAAGUAGCAGAUAAAAUGUACUUUCCUGUCCACUUUACACAGAUCACGCGUGUAGAGACACGUAGUAAAGUAUUAACGCUAGUAUAAUUCAGUACAUGUUAAAUGUGAGUGGCUGGUGUUAAUGUUCAUACUCAACUAGCUACUCCACAUCACAUAGUGAACAACGUGCUGUUUACACAAGUAGAGUGGUGGGGAUAGCCAUCUGUAGCUAGUAACUUUACUCUCACUUAUUAUCAUUUUGAUCUGUAGUUCUCACCCACUGAUUUGUUACUAGGGUACAGUUACAGUGUUCAUACAGUACUUGCCUGCCUUUUCUUCCUGUUACAGCAUUCUUUAUAGUUCCCAUUUUCAUGCGGCCAUUCUUAAAUUUUAUUUUUCUGACAAGCUCAUGAUCAUAUUGUAUAUUUACUCAUUAACUUUUUUCAAAAUUUCCUUUCCAUAUUGUUAUGUUUAGAAGCUCAUAAAUACAAAUUAGUUGUUGGAAAGUGAGUCCUCGUGAGCUUGACCAGAUGUACAGUCCGUAGCAGUGUAUGCGUUACGUCGGCGGGUUGGAGAAGUGCCUACAAGUAAUGCUGUGAUGUGUAGUUAGUUAAAUGUUCUGUUGAUAUUACAGGUAACUGAUGUGUGUGCAUGUUGUCCGGUUGGCAACUGGUUAUUAGAUAUAAACACGAAUUAUUUUAAAUUUAAACACUGUAAGUUAUGUGUAAAUAAUUAGUUUUAGACCUUCUAACUAAAACACACUUCUCUUUGAUUUGGCAUCAAAUGUGUAUUGUUGUAGAUUUAUUUUUUAUUUAUAUUUACAAACAAUUAUUUUCAAUCAAAGUUUGUUAACCAUUUAUUUCACCAGAAUUGUAUUUCUUCUAUUUCGUUCUGUUCUCGGCUAGGUAAUUUUGUUAGAUCUCGUUAUAAUAGACAGUUUUAUAACAUCACCAUUAACAACGUUAGGUCAAUUUCAUCACAAAUAACAGUUUUCUGGACUCUUUUUAAAGGUUCUAGAUGAUUUUAUGAUUUUGUCAAGCUUAUUGAUAGCAAAAAAAUAUGCAGCUGUUACUUGUAGUUAGGGGUAUAGGGCAUGAUUUUUUUGUUUUUGUAGAAAAUGCUCCUACCACCUUACUCUGUAGAAGGUACUAUAUUCUUAGAUAAUUUUACAAUACCCUGUUAAAAAUAUCACUUUGGCUGUCGCAUUUUUCUUGAACUUCUAAAGUAAAAUAACUAUGUGGGGAAUUAAAUGUCACACAGGAUAAUGAAACUUAAUAUUGUUAUUUCAGAUUGUAAUUGUUCUCAUUUUAAAUGUUUAAGUGAUCUAGAUUAAUGUUGGGUUUACCUCAUAUUCAAUAACGAACCAUGCAGCUUGAAGGUAAUGUGUGAUACACCGGUGGCAGCUUAUACCUGUUAAGGUUGCUUUAGUUUUAAAGAGUAAUGUUUAGUAAUUUUAUUAUAAUUAUUAGUUUCAUUAAUGAUCACAACAGAAAAGUGAUGUUAAUUUGAAUAUUGUUAUGUUAUUACGUAAUAAGUGGGUAUGUACAAUUACAUCACAUUGUUACAAUCAGACAAGAUCCUUACAAUUGUAAUGUAAUAAGUUGACUUACAGUCACUAUGGUGGAAAGAUCAAUUUUUCAAUGUUUGAUUUGAACUAUUGCUGUUGUCUAGUAUAAUUAAUAAUGAAAGUCCAGAAUUCAUUAAAUUGCUCAAAACUUGAUUUUUUACAUUUUUGUUAGAUACUUCUUCAUAAACGUUUAUGUAUAAUCGCUUUAAUCGCAUUAUUUAUUGAUUAACUAUUAAGUUUAAUUAGUGUAAUGAAUUUUAUUUAAUUGAAUAAUAUUUUAUAUUAAUUGUUCUGUUGUGUAGUUUUAUACUUGUUUACACUUGUGUAUUGAACUCUUGUGGUCUAGGCGUGUAUGUUGUGUAACAGUACCUGAAUACAUACGAUGAGUUGGUUUUUUUCAUACUGUCAGUAUAUUGCCUUCGUUAGGGGUAUUGAAAUUGAAUAUCACAUUUAUUCUCCGUGUGUAAAAUUCUAUGAGUUCUAACUUAUUUCCUCAACUAUUCUUUAAAUACUUGUGGAAAUGAAUUUUUUGGGAAAUAAUGAUAUUGAAAUAUUUUUCUGCAACACUAAACUAUUCAAAAUUAUUUAUAAACCCUAAAAUUAAUUGUUUGAAAUAAAUGUUUAAAUGAUAAUUUUUAAAUGUAAUAGGUUUCAUUGACUCGCAAGAAUACUUAUACUUUGUUGGCAGCUCACAUGUUUAAGCUCUGUUAGUAGCCUAUAAUCUGUAGUUUUAUAAUCAAGAAACAAUCACUUCUUAUUGUGCCUAAGUUCGUAAAUAAAUUUAUUGUGAAACUGUCAUAUGGUGUUGGAAGCUUACCAAACACGUAGUACAAAGAGUGGCACUUCCUGUCUUAUAACAGUUACAAGUAUUACAAUUGUUUUCUGUUAACAGUUUCAAGUGUUAUAAGACUUAAGUAAUAUUGUAUUCGAUAAAAUAAAAUCAUCAGUAGAUGUCAGUUAUCUAAAUUACUGGUAAUUGAGAAAUGUGGUUGAGUUUUGAUAUUAUAGAGAGAUAGGUCUACUUUUAAACAACCCAUGAACAGGUGAGAAAUAGUAUGUUUUAUAUAUAUAUAUAUAUAUAUAUAUAUAUAUAUAUAUAUAUAUAUAUAUAUAUAUAUAUAUAUAUACUACACGGGAUGUUGAGGUAAACAUUACACUAUGGUAUUAUUUUUACCAGUCUAGUAUAUAAUUGUUUUUUAUGAAAUUUAGAUAAUUGACUCUACAGUUUUAGUAUACUUACCUUACCUCAAUAUACAAUAAUAAAGGGAAAAAUCACUUAACUAUUUAUUAAUUUCUAAACGUCUCGUUAAAAUAUGUAGUUAAUAGCUAAUAUGUUGAAACAGUGUUAUAGCAUACGCAACUUAAACUUGAUGUAGUAUUUGACAAACGUAGUGGUUUUAAUGAGUUGAUAUUUUUUUAUCUGUUCCUAAUAAAUUAGUUAUUUUCAUCUUAAAUGAAUUACCUGUUGAAUGAAUUUAGUUAGUGACGCCUGUGUCAACAGGUAAUUAUAAUUUCAAUCAUCACGUUCAUUAAUUAAUUAAACAUCACUACUUCUGUAACAUUGUAGUUUGUAAAUUCAUUGUUUGCACAAAUUCCUCAACAGAACCAAAUACAUUUGAACCUGUUUAGCUUAAAUACGGUAAACUCAAGAAACUAAGCUGUUGCAUUAUUAAAGCUAUAAGCGAAUCGUUUUAGAGUUAGUUAUUAGAUGUUAUUUUGUAAUAUAAUAAAGUCAUAUUAAUUGAGUCACAGUAGUUCAAGUCUCUGCAUAUUUCAGAGUGGUGGUUUUGGAGAAAAUAAAUAAACAUUUUCACUAUUGUAUAUCAAGAACUAUAACAAGCAGCAAUUAUUGUGUAAGCUUCACAUACUAUGUAUUUCUAUAUCCUACUCACUGUUUAUUUACGUUGAGGUGAACACACGCUAUUGUUGUUAUUUCAUAGCCGUGCAUAGCAGGCCUGAAGCCGCGGUAGGAGCACAUACAUCCCAACUUCUUUCUAAGACUGUACAGUACACAGCAGACUAUUGCAUGCUGAAGAUAAUGAAGAGAUGGCAAACUUUUGUCAUAAUGAAAUGAAUUUGCAAUAGCCAUAAGAUUGUUGACUGUGGUCAAGUAGCCAUAUCUCGGCAUCAUGGGGCUGACCAUCACCGUUGGUGCGUAGUUUAUGUUUGCUCUUACACAAAAGUUCAUGGUGUCCUAUCUGACACCUCAGAUAUUCCAAACUUACCCAUUUAGUAUGUUUAGAGAUAGUGUUCACACUAAUUAACUCAAACCAUCAGUACUCUUGUGUAAGUUGAAUUCUGUGACCCGUUUCUGGAGAUCAUAAACUGAGCAAAGAUGCUCUGAAUAUGUAAAUGAUGAGAGCUAUAAGAAAUAGUGGAAAGGGAUUCCUGCCUUGUGCAAUUCUGUUAGAAAGCUAUUAACCCUUUAAACAAAGUCAUUUUGUAAAACGCUGUGAAGGCCCCCAUACCAGAUUUGCUAGAAGUUGGGGUGCAAAAAUGUUCGAUCAGCGAUUCUCUAUACACUACCAAACCUGGUCGGCCACACAAGAACCGAACACGGUAAAUACGUUAUUUGCACAUGUUUAUGACCAAAAUGAUACCUGAUGUUGUGCAGUCAUAAUAAUAAUAUAUAUUAUUGAGUCAGAAAUUCUUUUUAUGUAGUUUGAUUUGUUGUCAUAUUUUUUAAAUAUAUAAGUAAUAAUGCUUACAUAUUUUAAUUGAAAAGAUCCAAUACACUAGGAGCAUUUAUUGCUCAUUUUCAAAUAAAAAUGUAAAAAAUAAAUAUCUACUCACAGAAAAAGUACAAAGUCACCAAAACAUACAAAUAUGUUACAAAUUAGAUCACUUGUGAUACAGAAGAUCAGUUGUGCUGACAUGUGAAAAAAGAGCAGUAAAACGUUGUCAUAUAAUGGCAUAGCCAAAAUGUUCCAAAUUUAUUCUAGUUUCAAAAAUGUAUAGUUCUGUAUAAUUUUAUAUAUAGUUCAUAACUGGAAAUAUUACUUGAAAAUCUAAUGUGUUACUAUAUAAUUUCAUCAUAUAAAUUAUUGCAUAAAACAUCAAUCGAUAUUGGUCUCACCGUUCCCUAAUAUAAGUAUAUAAAUACAAAAAGAUAAACCAAUUUACAUGAUGUAUUUACUACAAAACAAUUUUGAAAACAAGAAUAAGCACUGCCAACAGAAAUGGCACAAGUUUCAAUGGACAGACGAAUUGAUCUUCUCUAGUUUCUGGUGACUGUCACUGACAUCAAAAUUAACAAACAGGAAUGAACAAAGACAUCACAUUAUUGAGCUGUUCAUCACAUUUUCUAUUGUAUAUAAAUCAUGUGGUGUUUUUACAAUAAUGAGGACUGUAAUAUUUGACAUGAGCGACCAAAGCUAAUCAGUGGGAUAUCCAUUGAUGCCAGUUGAGAUGCCCGUAAGCAACAGAAGAUCUGAUCAGUAAAGAUGGUUGGAUGACAAAUGAGUUGGUCAUUUCACAAAACUUUGGUUUUUAUUCAGCAUAAUCAUAUUUAUGUAGAACUGCCCCUCUAUAAAUUACAAAAAUAAUUUAUAAGGAAAAGUUUUAAAGGGUCUUAAAACAGUUGGGCAAUGCCUGUGGUCAAUUAAGAUCACAAAUUAAAAAUCUUGUGGGCACAGUGUAUAUCAAAGUAAAGGAAAGGAAUAAUAAUUUUAUAUGGGCACAUAAAACAGUAUAUUUAACUUCUCUCCUAAAAAGAAAUUAUCAUAAUUUAGAAGUGUCCUCAAUCUCCAAAAAUAAUUUGUAUGGAUCCUAUUUUGUCAUAGUUAUGCAAGCAGUCUCAUUUAUAAUGUAUGUAUGAUUUACAUGUGUGCAACUUCAUUUUAGUUUUCUUGACAUUAUUAACAGUUAUACAACGUAAAAGUUUUUUUAUUCAAAUGCUUAGUUACAUAAAACUAAAAUAAUACAAAACUUCUUAAGUAGUUUUACUGUGAAAAUUGUAGCUUUAAAAUGAGAUAUGUCCCAAAAUUCAGGGAUCCAAAAUAGAAGUGUAAAAUUAGUAAAUGUUCGAAAUUUGCACAUUUCUGGUCAAAGACCUUCAUACUAAGCCAUAAAAAUCUUAACUGAACCAUGUCAUGUGAACCUAAAAGUGCAUAUACAAAACGAAGAAAUAAUUUUUUUUUUUGUAAAAUUGUCAAGCUAACAUUAAUUUUCUAUCACACUUUAAAAAAAUCAUUUUUUUACAUUACUAUUGUAAAAUACAAAACUAGCUUUAUAACCAGGGUUUCUUGAUCUUUUGGUAUAAAUCAACACAGUGUAAUUUGAAGGAGGUUUGAAAACGGUGUAAGAAAUGUAUUUGCAUUAUAUUUUGUUUAUUGUUUAGGAUUAGCCAAUAUAACAUUUUUGAAUCUAUUGAUUUAUUAAAUUUAUGAAAUAAGACAAUUUUGCUUUAAAAUUAAGAAGGUAUUCCUUACACAAAACGAACGUUAAAUAGUGAUUAACAACAUACGGUAAGAAAAUCCACUGUCAGUAUAGAUUUAUUGAAUGGCAAGACCGUUGGUAGUUAGUUACUGAAAGCCAGAACUUAAACAGACUUAUCCCCUUAAUUUGUAUGCUUUUAAAUUUUUAUUUUGAAAUUAUAUUAUACUACAUAAAGUAGUACAAAAGGCAUCUUUAAAUCACAAUUGAAGACUGGCAGCUGCAGAGACAUAAAACAUGUGCAACGUACUCAGAUAUUACUAGAGUGCGUUUUUCUCUGGAAAUAUUAAGUGUUUAAAUAAAUGGGAUGUAAGAGUCAUGUAAAAAAUACAGUUUAUUCCUAGUUUUGCCUAGUUUCUUAUUUCUAUAUUGUGACUAUUUUCAGUAAAAUACAGUUAGUUUAUAUUAUCAGUCAUUUAUCAUAAGAUUGACAACUAUAACAAAUAAUCUAAAAUAAAUAAUACCCAUUAUUAAAAGUAGAUUCCUUAUGAAUUUGUACUCUUAAUUUUCUCAUCUAGGCUAUUCCUCACUCAUCACUGUUAUAGAAUGCAAACUUGUAGUCUAGUUAAUAUUUUCAUCAAUGACACCUUUAUAAGCAAACAGGUUCUGAGGAAAUUGUGUUUUUGCAAGGUAAAAAUUAUUUGUUUAAAAGCUUUUAUUAUAUAUGUAUGUACCAUAAAGAGUUACUAAUCUAUGUACUUAUUAUAUUUAUACAACUGCAUUUAUACAAGCAAAUAUUAAAAAGUAAUAUAAGAAUAUGUUUAUAACAAG